AUGGGCAUUCAGGGUCUUAUUAAAGUGAUAGGUGAUAAUUGUCCAGCUGCAAUUACUUCUAACGAAAUUAAAAAUUAUUUUGGUCGUAAAGUUGCAAUUGAUGCCUCAAUUUCAAUAUAUCAGUUCUUAAUCGCUGUUAGACAACAAGAUGGACAACAGUUAACUACAGAAGCUGGUGAAACUACAAGUCAUUUAAUGGGAUUAUUUUAUCGAACAAUUCGAAUGGUGGAAAAUGGAAUUAAACCUUGUUAUGUAUUUGACGGUAAAUCACCUGUUUUAAAAUCUGGACAAGUUAUUGAUGAUAUUGAUAAAUUUAGUCGUCGUACUGUAAAAGUUACGCCUCAACACAAUGACGAAUGUAAACAAUUGUUAAGGUUAAUGGGAAUCCCAUAUGUAGAGGCGCCGUACGAAGCAGAAGCACAAUGUGCAGCUCUAGCUAAAGCAGGAAAAGUUUAUGCUGCAGCAUCAGAAGAUAUGGAUACAUUAACAUUUUCAUCGCCUAUUUUAUUGCGACAUUUAACAUUUAGUGAGAAUAGGAAGCUACCAAUUGAUGAAAUUAAUCUUGAUAAAGUUAUCGAAGGACUUGAAGUUUCAAUGGAUCAAGGAAUUGGCCCUCAUCGUGCCGUAGAACUUAUUAAAAAGCAUGGAAGUUUAGAGGAAAUCAUUGAAAAUUUAGAUCCCAAGAGAUAUACAAUACCAGAAGACUGGCCAUAUAAAGAAGUACGUGAAUUAUUCAAAAAACCAGUUGUAAAAGAUCCAAAUGAGAUCGAGAUUAAAUGGGAAACUCCCGAUGUUGAGGGUAUUGUUGAUUUUUUGGUAGAUCAAAAGAAUUUCAGUGAAGAACGUGUUCGUAAAAGUGUGGCCAAAUUGGCAAAAAAUAUUAAGGCUACAACACAAUUAAGGAUGGAGAACUAUUUUACACCAAAUGAUAAAACUGAUGAUAAAUCAAAGAAAUCAAAAACAUCUACUAAUAAAAAAUCAAUUACUACUAAACUAAGUGGAGCUCGUGGUAGACCUAAAAAAUGA